AUGACCCUCGUAUCAGAUAUUAAACUGAUAAGAACAGAUACUACACUUGAUCUUAGCCAAAAGGCCGAGAAAGCGAGCGAAAUCCCUGCUACGGGCGCCAAUAGGAACUGGCGCGACUGCGACAACCCAAACCGGAGGUCUCCGGUUGUCAAUCUCGUCGACAACGAAGCCAGCGUCUCUGCCUCUCGUUCGGUCGUAGGAUAA